GGAGUCACGCAUUGGCAACUUCUCCUGAGCCCAGGAUCAGGGGUGCGAGCCGGGCCGGGCAGGCACCGCGCGCCGCCUCCAUUGCCGUCGGAGCCCGGGCAGUCUCUGCGCCCGCGCCCCCGGUUCCGCACGCGGAGCCGGAGCGGACGCCGGAGCCGCAGCUGCCCCAUGGAGACGCUGGGGAGCAACAGCAGCUGUGCGAACGGCUCCCUGAUCACCCUGUAUUGCUCCUCCCAACAAGUCCUGUGCCAGAUUGUCAGUGACUUUGAACCUGACAGCUCAAACAACAUCACCUUGAGCAGUUGGCAAGAGAAAGUUAAGAAGAACUAUGGCUUCUUCAUUGGAGUGGGUCUGGCGGUCUUCUCCAGCUUCCUCAUUGGCAGCAGUGUUAUUCUUAAGAAGAAGGGCCUCAUUCGGCUGGUAGACAAGGGUGCAACUCGAGCUGUGGAUGGAGGUUUUGGCUACCUCAAGGAUAAAAUGUGGUGGGCCGGAUUUGUCACCAUGGGCCUAGGUGAAGCUGCCAACUUUGGAGCCUACAUAUUUGCUCCUGCAACAGUCGUCACUCCGCUGGGAGCGCUAAGUGUGCUUAUAAGUGCCAUGAUGUCAUCUUACUUUCUGGGAGAGCGACUGAACCUGUUGGGGAAGUUGGGCUGCAUGAUCUCCAUAGCGGGCAGUUCAGUGAUGGUGAUUCAUGCCCCCGAAGAAGAGAAGAUCAAGACAAUGAAUGAAAUGGCUUCAAAGCUGAAGGAUACAGGCUUUAUUGUGUUUGCUGUGAUCCUAGUGGUGAGCACUCUUGUUUUCAUCUUCAUCAUUGCUCCACGCUACGGACAGAAGAAUAUUCUCAUUUAUAUCAUCAUCUGUUCUAUGAUGGGGUCCUUCUCCGUAUGUGCUGUCAAAGGCAUGGGGAUUGCCAUCAAGGGCUUCUUCCAGGGACAGCCAGUGCUCCACCACCCUCUUACAUAUUGCGUUGGGGUGAUCCUGGCAACUUCCAUCCCCAUACAGGUCAACUUCCUCAACAGGGCUCUGGAUAUCUUCAAUACCUCUUUAGUGUUCCCCAUCUACUAUGUGACCUUUACCAGUAUGGUCGUCACCUCCUCCAUCAUCCUCUUCAAGGAGUGGAACAGCAUGUCAAUUGUGGACAUUCUGGGCACAAUUUCGGGUUUUGUUACAAUUAUCCUGGGGGUAUUCUUGCUCCAUGCUUUUAAGGACCUUGAUAUAACCUGGGCAAAUCUUCCCCAUACUUACAAAAACCCAGUCCCACCUCCCACUCCUGAACCCACAAUCAUCAAGCUGGAAGACAAAAGUAUCCUUGUGGACAACAUAGAACUGCCCAUACCUGAGGAGAAACCCAAAGUCUUCACAAUCCACACCUAAAACUUUUAAGUGUUAUAGGAGAGGAUGCAUUCUAUUAGCCCAUCUAAUCCCAGAACAAUCUAGUGAUUUCAAAUAUUAUUCAAGAGGCAGGAUGCCCUUGUCCUAACAGUGUGGCUUUAUACCUCAUUAAUAUUUCCAGGAGAAAGUAAUUUCCAAUUGUGUAGGACUUGGUCACAUCCUGACUUCCUGGAAACACAGACUCAAUGGCCAUACUGCAUGGUUUGUAUUGGUGCACUAUCCCUUCUUUUCCCACAGUCCCUCAGGUCUCUUUAAAGACUUUUAUUUUUGCCUUCUACCUUCCAUGCCUAUGGCAGUUGCCUAUGUUGGCAAGUGGGGGAGAGAACUUGACCCUUUGAAUGUAUUAGAGUCCAAAUGAUUCUGUGGGGUGUUGUAAAAUUAAGUACUGGCCUCCAUCAUAAGGAUGCAUAAGCUAUAACAUUCCUCACCCUGGUACUGCGACAUGCUGGAUCUGAAUGGGAUGAGUAAGGAUUCCUUGCCCAAACUUCAUAUGGAAAUAAUUUGGACUGUAGUGUAAAAGUUCAACAUUUGCGAGGCCAUUUUUGGAUCCUUGCUUCUCCCUUCACUUCAGUGUUACCCCAAAGAGAUGACAGGUAGAUACCAAAGGUCUAAACCAUGUUAAGGGUAACUAACAGGCCACAAACUUCUCCAUGAAUUAGGAGUUUAUUUACACCAAGUAAAUGAUGACUUCCCUCAAAGGAAUUAGUGGGUGAGAAAUGUGUUCCAGUGGCCAUGAAGAUGGCUGAAGCAGGUGCUGUGUUGUACUGAGAACUUGGUUGGUCAGACAUGGAAGACACCAUGGUCACCCACUGCAUCUUGGGCCAUUCCAGUCAUCCUGACUUUUUUGUCCUGACACUGGAUUUCAAUGACUUUGGAAGAGAGAAUGAGGUUGACAACUUUGUGCAGCUCUGUCUCACUUAGAUCCAAUUAACUUGCAAGUCAAGAGAGCUCUGUGAAGUCAUUGAUCCUAUUUGAAUCAAAAGACAAACAACUCAAGAAAGAUGGACCUCCACUUGAUUUUGCUCUGAGAAAGUCACUUUGUGACUCAGGGAAAAGCCUGGAGUAAAAGAAAAAUUUUUUAAAAGAAAGAAACAAAAAGGAAAAAAAGGCAGGAGCUAAGUUAAUUCUUUGGAUUUAUAGCUCAGUGGUUGACAUUGGCUUUCUGUCUCUCUUUUGGCAUGCUGAGGUACCAGUCACCAAGAAAGUCACACAAUGACCUCAAAAUUCAAACAAAAGACUUGUCACUACCAAAUUAUGGAUGAGCUGGUGUGCUUGUGGAUGUAUGUGGCAUUGCUCUUAAAAAAUGUCUUGGUUUCUGGGUUAGAAUCUGGCAAGAUAUGUUAGUUCCUGUUCCUCCUUAAUAGUAAACAGGACAUGGUAUUUUGGAGAUGGGGAAAAAGAGGAAUAAGCAUGGGAGGUAAGGGUUAGAAUACAACAGAUUAAUACUGUUUACUCUGGAUCCUAACCAAGCAUUUUGAACUGAAGGACUCCCAUAUCCGUCCUUUUGAUAUUGCCUCAAUGACCUGGCUCCCUGGUUAAUAAAAGUGUGCCUUCAAUUCUGGAUGACCUUGUAGGCACACAGGCUGCGAGCUUGGCAGGGUGCACCUAAUUCCCUGAUGCUGGCUGGUGCUUCCUUUCCUCUGGACGCUGCAGAAGGGCUAGUCCCUGCCAAUGAGCUGCCUACAAAGGCAGCCACCCAAGUAUAAGUGCCUAGCUCCAACAGCUGCAGCUGCCUCAUGUUCCCUCAUUCCCUGCUCCCUUCCCCCCAGCGGAUGGAGUGCUAGCUCAUCAGAGCAGCUGCCAGCCCCAGGAUCCUGGCUGAGCUGCUGUGCAAGGGACCUUCAGAUGGAUGGGUUGGGCUCAGAGAGCACUGAUUUUCCUCUGCCUCUCUCCCUUUCUUCUGCCCUUGCUGCAAGAGUAGAGGAAUUGAUGCAGAAAUCUGUGUGGGAAGUAAAUUAUAGAAUCUGGCACAAGAGAAUUAGUAAAGGGGGGCAACUCUUUCCUUACACUCAAAUAAUGGCAUGGGUAUGGACAAUGUCCCCAAUGACUAUUGAUGGUUGCCUGGGGACAUGUGUUUAUAUAUCUCCAUCCCAAGCAAAUGAAAACAGUUUCUGAGAUCUGAUGGUCCCUAUUGAAGACUUUAUGGCCAUGCCCCUAGAAUUUGAAUUUCCCCAUUUCUAAUGAAUGUGGAUUUCUGUCAAGGACUAAAUCAAAGCAACGUAAUUUAUUUAUUUUUUUUUGUAGUUGAAAAGAACCUCAUAUCUUCUGAGAUUAAAAAUGUAUCUGUGGAAGCAGAUAACAAAAGCUUUCAGACCUUUGAUUAACUGAUCCCUGUGGUCUUAGGAAUUUUAGAAGCAGAUCUCAACUAACUGCACCUAUACUACUUAUAAGUCAGUCACUGGAUAUCUCAAGAUUUUCCCUGAUAUUUCAACCUGUCCAUUUUUGCUUAUUGGGAGAGGGAAAGAGGCUUGUAGUUGAUUACAAUAUUAUCUUGGGGGGCAGCACAGUAUACAUGGUAGCAUGUUGGACCUAGCACCAUGUUGACCUGAGUUCAAAUUCUGCCUCUCACACCAACAAUGUGACCACAAAAAAGCCACCAGACCUCUUUGGACCUCAGUUUCUUAAUCUGUUUAAAAAUCAGGAUAAUAAUGGCACCUACCUCACAGGGUUGUUGAGAGGCUUAAAUGAGAUAAUGUAUGGAAAAUGUUUUGUAACCUUAAAGUGCUUUAUAAAUGUAAGCUGCUAUUAUUGAGAUAUGAUUUGGAGAAUAUUCAUCAACUCCCCUUUUAUUUUCCUAUUCUAAACUAGCCUUAGGCCAUCCAUAAUCCAGUUUUCUAGAGUGGUCUCUUAAGACUAAGUCUAGUCCAAGAUCCAUUGCUCUAAAUGGGAAUGACUCUAAAAUAGAUUUCAUUAAGAGGUAGCCUGUCAAAGUGGAAAAAUCAUUUAGCAGGGAAUCAUGCUCUGGUUUCUAAUCCCAUCUGUGCCACCAAUUUGCUAUAUGAGCUUAAAUAUAUCCUUUCCCUUUUCUGGGAUCCACAGGCUCAGUGUAAAGUGAGUGUUGAACUAAGUAACUGGUUCUUAAACAUUUUGGCCCCAUGAUUCCUUUAUAUUCUUUAAAAUUAUUCAAGACCCCCCAAAAGAGCUUUUGUUUAGGAAGUUAUUUAUAUCAGAAUUUACCAUAUUAGAAAUUAAAAUGUUUUAGUAUCAUUAUGAAAAUAGCUUUAAUCUCCUGGACUCCCUGGAAGGAGUCCUUGGACCACAUUUGGAGAAUCACUGGACUAAAUAAUCUCUGAGGUUCCUUUCUACUCUAGUGCCAUUUGGUCCAUGGUCUUGGUCCUUUUGCUACUCCACAUUUAAGUAGUUUAUUCUUUCAAGUUAAGAUCAAAUCUUCAUUCAGGGGAUUUCAUUGAUAUUUUCUGUUUUUCCCAGUUUUUCAAAGAUAGAUGGAGAUAACUGAACUAAUCUCACACUGUACAGAAAAAUAGCCCCCUCUACUGGUGAAAUAGCAUUCUGGGCUUUCCUCCUUGUGAGCUGGACCAUUUGCGUUCUAGUCUGAUGACCUUUAAGUGGCUUGGUAACCUUUAAACGCUACAAGGAGAUCUCCACAGCUGAAUAACUGAUGGUGUCCAGAUCCCAGAAGUGGGAUGUUCUGGGAUUGUUUUGGUAUUCUGAAUUUGCAAGACAACUCAUGCGGCAUUUCAAAUGGCAAACCAUAAUUCGUUUUAAUUAAAUACAAACAAGGAAAAAGGCACAA